AUGACCCUCUACCGCGUCGUCGUCCUUGGUGACGGUGGUGUCGGCAAGACCGCCCUCACCAUCCAGCUCUGCCUCAACCAGUUCGUCGAGUCCUACGACCCGACCAUUGAGGAUUCCUACCGCAAGCAGGUUGUCAUCGAUGAUGAGUCCUGCGUGCUCGAGGUUCUUGAUACCGCUGGUCAGGAGGAGUACGUCGCUCUGCGCGAUCAGUGGAUUCGCGAUGGCGAGGGCUUCGUCCUUGUCUACUCGAUUGUUUGCUCAAGUACCUUUGACCGGAUGGCUCGUUUUAAGGACCAGAUUUACCGCGUGAAGGAUGUCAACUAUGUGCCGCUCGUGCUGGUGGGCAACAAGUGCGACAUGGAGGACAAGCGCACGGUCCCCAUGCAGAAGGGUGUCUCCCUGGCCCAGACCUUUGGGUGUGAUUUCUACGAGACCUCCGCCAAGACCACGCACAACGUGGAGAAGGCUUUCUACUCGGUGGUCCGUCAGAUUCGCAAGCGCUCCGGCUCGCCAGGCGGCAAUCCAAGUGGCGAUAACGCUGCGUCCGACAACGCCCGCGCGACCGGACAAAAGAAGAAGCGCUGCACCAUCAUCUAG